CAGCGCAGACGAUGCUGAACUCGAAAAUGAUAGCUUCUUGCGCGAUGAGACCCACGAACGUGAGCCUUCAGACGGUGAAAUCAUCCGUUCGUACUCGAAUGAUCAAGCUCCAAGCGUUCCACCAGUACGCAUCAGAGUAAAACCACCCUCGCGUCCUCGAAGCUACUACGAUAUUCUGGAAGAUUUUCAUGGGCGUGAGCGGAGUAUUGCCCAAAGUUUGAGUCGGGAACAAAGCAUAGGGCAGGAACAGAGUUUGACUUCAAGUGUUGUACCGAGUCCGAGCGUGUCGCAUUUCACACACUCGAUGGCCGAAGUAAAGCAGGACGCCAUGUCAGGGUCAGCACCUCUACCUCUGAACGGCAUGCAUGAAUUGCCGUUUGCGGGGCCCGCAAGCGGAUCGUCUACACCUGGGGGUAAGGGCAAUACACCGCGCAGAAACGAAGACACGGCUCGUCGGCAUAAAAGAUUUUCUCUUCCUGCAGUCGCCCUCCAGACGACGCCAGUCACGGCUCGGGCUAAUGCCACCGGGAAAGGGCUUGCGAAAAGGUUCUCUUUGGUCCUCGGGUCUGGGGCCACAGAGGGUGAACAAGAACAUGUGCCUAGCCAUGGACAGAAGGAAGUGAAGCAGGGAAAGGUGGUGGAACGUGGUGUGGCGGCGACAGCUCUGUAUGAACUAUUGAGGGGGAGAAGAAAGGGGAAAGUGGUGGCUGGCUAGGAGUGUUUUUAUGGUGAUAUCGCGGACCGUUACUGUAGCUUCUCUGGACCAUAUCUGUAUUUGAGGGGUCCAAGUUGGAGGGGUGGCUGUAUUUCCUUUACUGUUACUGUCAUUCUAUCUCCGAAAUGGUAUAAAACCUGCAUUUUCUGGCAAGUAUAUCCAUGUGCUCUCAUUGUUAUUCUGAAUGUGGGUUAUUUUCAUAGAUUUACAUUUACUCAGAAUUUGUUGUCGAGGAGCUCACCUGAAACUUUGAAUCUGUAGACAACCCUAGAUUGGUG